AUGCCCAUACCAAAACUCCCCGGAAUCGUUGUUCCAAAGUACUCUGACCAGGACAAAUGGCUCAAAAUGCAUGUCGCUCGCUUGUGUCAGUUCGAUAAUCACGAAAGAUUUCCCGGAAGCCAGCCUGUCAGUUUUGCCUCUAGUGACUUAGCAAAAUUAGAAACCCAAGAUUUCUGGGUCUGCGAAAAGUCGGAUGGCAUUCGAGUACUUUUCCUCGUGGUAACUAACCUGGAUAACAAUGAUCAAACGGCCUAUCUGAUAGACAGACACAAUGAAUACCGUCAAAUCGAAGGCUUCUUCUUUCCCCACCAUGAAAAUCCCCAAUUGCCGCUUCGAAGUAGCCUUGUCGACGGAGAACUUGUCAUUGAUGUUGAUCCACGGACGAAACAGGAAAAGAUGCGGUUCCUCGCCUUCGAUUGCCUUGUAAUCGAUGAUCAGAACGUUAUGUCAAGGCCCUUAGACAAGAGAUACGGAAGAUUGAAGCAAUGGUUUUUCAAACCCCAUGCAAAAAUGUUGAUGGAUCACCCCAAGAUGAUGGAAGUGCAGCCUUUUAGUAUCAAAGUUAAAGACACCAGAUUAUCAUAUCACGUUGAGAAUGUCUUCAACGAUGACAUUCCUGCUCUGCAGCAUGGCAACGAUGGGCUUAUUUACACCUGCGUGAAUUCGCCGUAUACACCCGGCACUGACCCCAACAUAUUGAAGUGGAAACCACCAUCCGAGAAUUCGAUCGACUUCAAACUUGUGCUUCGUUUCCCUCCCACACGAUACGAUGAAGACGAGCCAGACUGGACUGCUAAACCUGUGUUCUUGUUACACGUCUGGAACGGGGGCGGGAGGUAUGAGCUUUAUGAUGACAUGUAUGUAAAUGAUGACGAAUGGGAGGAGUUAAAGAAGUCCGGCGAACAGGUUGACGACCGGAUAGUAGAAGUCCACUGGGAUUCCAAUAUUUCGCGAUGGCGAAUGAUGCGCUUUAGAGACGACAAACCGAAUGGAAAUCACAAAAGUGUCGUCGAAAACAUUAUAUCUAGCAUUGCAGAUGGGGUUGAAAAGGAAGCGCUUCUUGAAAGAUCAAAUGCUAUCCGAGCAGCAUGGAAAGCCCGCCUUGGACAACCCCAGCAGCCACAGCCACAGGCGCACCAGUACCCACACACAAAUCAAAUGCGACCUCCACCUGUUCCUGCUUCCAUUACACUGGGCACUACACCGCGCCUAGAAUUCCGAUAUGGUCCACUUGCACAAUCGCGCUGGAGCAAAGUCGCCGGACCUCCCAUCGUCCUGGGCAUGAAACGCUGA